AUUUAAGCAAAAUUCGGUUCUAUUCUGCACCCCUAAACACCAGAUCAAACCUCAAAACCUUUUAUAUGCAAUGCAUACUCCAGGGAAAUUCCCGACUCAACCUCAAAAGUUCCCGUGAUACCACAAAUACGCUCCCUGUCAAUCGAAAGUCUGGCCAAUGUCUUCUACUCCGAUUCUUCCAAUUUCCGCCCCGGAAACCACCGUCACCGCCGCACUCGCAGCCACCGCACCUCUACUCUCCAUCGUCGGGCACCUUUCGGGAUCCGUGCGCCAAUCAUUCUCUCACUGUCGCCCUUGGAUCGAGCUCGUAGAUCUAUCCGCCUUCUCCCGUCCGGCCUCCUUCUCCGAUGCAACCUCAAGGAUUCGCAAAAACUUCACAUACUUCCGAGCCAACUACCUUACUCUACUUGCAACCGUCAUUGCAAUCUCGAUCGUCUCCCAUCCUUUCUCUCUCCUCAUCCUCCUGUCGCUGCUCUGUUCUUGGCUCUUCCUCUAUGUGCAGCGGCCGUCGGACCAGCCGCUCGUGAUCGGAAGCCGUUCCUUCUCAGAUAAGGAGAUGCUAGGUAUUUUACUUGCACUGACGGCAGUGGUGAUUUUCUUCACGAGUGUGGUAUCGCUGCUCGUGAGUGGGACACUGAUGGGAUUAGGGAUUGUGUGCGCGCACGGUGCGUGUAGGUUGCCGGACGAUCUGUUUCUUGAUGAUCAAGAAGCACCGGGAUCUGGAUUUUUCUCAUUUUUAAACGGCGUUGCUCCGUCGGUUGGAGUUGGCGCCACCAAUCCUGCUAUAAUGUCCCACGUAUGAGCAAUUUGAUUUCCAAUCUCUACUGUUUCCAUUUUUACAUAUUUUGAAUGUUUCAUUAAUUCAUUCUGUUAAAUUCAAAUGUUAAAAAAUCCAAACAUUUUCA